UUUUUUGGUACCGAGCGGAGAGGAGAUGCACACGGCACUCGAGUGAGCAGACGCCGGGAGAUGAGAGGGAUGUGUAUGGUCGUGUGAAAAUCAUAUGAAGCAGCUUAAGGGCCAAAAGUGUGAGUUUCAGAAGAGUUGGAAAUCCCCCCCCUUAUACGGUAGCGGCAGAACUGGGGGUCAAAAAGAGAAGUGUUUUACGGGGACCAGAAGUGAGGGGACAAUGCGAGUUCAGGUGCACACCAAGUUCUGUUUCCUGUGUGUGCUCACCUUCAUCUUCCAUCAGUGCAGCCACUGCCAUGGAGAAGGGCACAGCCAUCAGCACGGCGGACAUCACGACGCCCACAGUGACCUGCAGAUUUCCAAGGCUCCGUACGUGAGAGGAGCCACUCUGUCGCCGGAGCCCAGCAGUUCUCAGGGGGAAACUCUAGAGGAGGAGCAACGCUUCUACAUCCAGGAGCUGUUCAGGCGCUACGGCCAGAAAGGCCGGUUAGAUUUCCAGGGAUUUCAGAGUCUGCUGAUGAGCUUGGGUCUGGGUAAAGUGAAGCUGGUAGGUGUGGCUCAUGAGGAUCUGGGCCAUGACCAUGUAGCUCACCUCGACGCGAUUGCUGUUCAGGAGGGCCAUCACUCACAUUCAUCCACCAACGACGGCCAUGGCCAUGGCCAUGGGCACGGGCACGGGCACGGGCAUGGUCAUCCACGCCAGAAGCCCGGCUCCCGCCGUCCACACAAAGAACAGCUUCCCACGCAGUGCAGCCAGCAGGCUACUGCUGCCAGUCCAGCUGCUGGUGCACCUGCAGGACACGACCAUGAACAUGAUCACGACCACAGUCAUGAUACAGAACAUGACCAUGAUCGUGCCAAGGUAGACGAUAGUGACCAUAAACAUUCUGAUGGACAUGUGCAGGACACACAUGAUCAUGACCAUGAUCAUGUACAUGACAAAGAGCACAAACACGAGCAGGUACUGGUGCACAAGGACCUGUCUGCGCAACCUCACAGUGAUCAUGACCACAGCAGCCACAACCACAGUGAUCACGCCCACAGUGAUCAUGCCCACAGUGAUCACGACCACAGCGACCACGACCACAGCGACCACGACCACAGCGAUCACGACCACAACCACAGUGACCACGCCCACAGCGACCACGCACACAGCGACCACGACCACAGCGACCACGACCACAAUCAUGUCCAUGACCAGCAAACAGGUGCAGACGUUCCUCCCAUCAACCACAAACAGCAGCCCUCUCCCCAGUUGGAGCCGUCCCAGGUCCCUCAGGAGCCACAGUCGUCUCCUGCCACCACAGAAAGCCGACCCAAGAAGGCAAGAAAGCCGGCCAGGGUCAGAGGACAGAGAGGGCAAAACAGAACCCCUUCACCUCUCACACCUCUGUCCGAGGAUCAUCAGUCUGAACACAGUCAUGACCACGAGAACGGUCACGGUCACAGCCAUUCUCAUAAAGACAAGAGAGAAGCACCGGCAGGACCUGCCACCUCCACUUUGCCAGCCCACAUCUUGUCUGGCCAUCAAGGAGGAUUGUUUCAUCAGCAUGAGGAGUGUCUGAACCUGACUCAGCUCCUCAGCUACUACGGCCUGAAUCCUGAAUCUCCCAUCUCCCCCAGCCAGUUCACCUAUCUGUGUCCCGCCCUGCUCUACCAGAUAGAUAGUCGUGUCUGCAUCCGCCAUUACCACAAGAUAGUGGAGCAGGAAUCCUUGGAGCCUGUCAGUUCCGCGUUGGUGUGGCUGUGGGGUUUUGUGUCCAUCACCAUCAUCAGCCUGCUGUCUCUGCUGGGCGUGGUCCUCGUACCCAUCCUCAAGCAAUCCUGCUUCAAGUUCCUGCUCACCUUCCUGGUGGCGCUGGCAGUGGGCACGCUCAGCGGCGACGCUCUCCUUCAUCUGCUGCCUCACUCUCAAGGGCAGCACGACCACAGCAAGCCUGGGACGAGCCACGACGGCGAUCUGGUAACAGCCUUUGAUGGAGUGUGGAAGGGCCUCACAGCGCUAGCCGGCAUCUACCUGCUCUUCAUCAUCGAACACUGUAUCGGCAUGUUUAAGCACUACAAAGACCACAGGGGCAUGAAGAAGGGGAGGGAGGAGGGCAAGAUUGGCAGGAAGUUGUCAGAUCACAAGUUAAACCGUCGCUCAGAUGCAGAGUGGCUGCACCUGAAGCCCCUCAGUGAAGACCCGGGCAGCACCGCCAUCUCCUGCGACAACGGUCACAACGACACGCAGCUGACGGAGCUGCAGACGCCCGACUCUCCCACAAACAAGACGCCACUGGCACCCAUAAACACCCAACAACACCAGCAGUCACCCACCAAAGAGAACGGACGCAAGGCCAAGCAGCACAGCCACUCGCAUGGCCACGGUCACUCUCACGGAGGGAACUGCCACUCUGACCAGGAGAUGAAGGACGCUGGUAUAGCCAGUAUCGCCUGGAUGGUCAUCAUGGGCGACGGCAUGCAUAACUUCAGUGACGGCCUGGCUAUAGGUGCAGCAUUCAGUGCAAACCUGACAGGAGGCAUCAGUACAUCAGUGGCUGUUUUCUGCCAUGAAUUACCUCAUGAACUUGGUGACUUUGCGGUGCUGCUGAAAGCAGGGAUGAGUGUGAAGCAGGCCAUUGUCUACAAUCUGCUGUCCGCCCUCAUGGCCUACGUUGGCAUGCUGAUUGGCACAGCUGUGGGCCAGUACACACACAAUGUCACCAGCUGGAUCUUCGCCAUCACAGCUGGCAUGUUCCUUUAUGUGGCUCUGGUGGAUAUGCUGCCAGAAAUGCUUCACGGGGACAGCGAGGACCACAAGCGCUGCCAGCUGGGACACUUUAUCCUGCAGAACCUGGGAAUGCUGACCGGGUUCAGCAUCAUGCUGCUCAUCGCCAUCUUCGAAGACCAAAUCGUUUUCGAUUUUGGCUUUUAGUCUAGGAGAGAGGGUGGUGCUGGGAAGUGAAGGAGGGGAGAGCUGGAUGUAUCAAUAUUGUUCUUCUAGGCCUUAACAUGCUUUGUUUGCAAUGUAACGGCCCAGUCUUGCAUGCAAUGUGAGUCUCGUUCAUGGCCCGUGCCUCCAUUCCAAACAAGCUGCGGUAGCUUAUGCAUAUCUCAUGACUCUGCCAGUGAUGUUUACACUCUGCUCCUCCAUCACCUCUCCUCUGUCAGCUCCAAUCUGUCUGCUGUCUGUGAAGCAAAAGAAGGCCGAAUGAAAGAAGAGGGAGACUGCACUCCAACCAGAAAACACCUCCUUUGCUCUGAUCAGUAAACUCCAUCUUUAAAAAAAAAAGAGCUGCAGAUAGUAAGGUGGUGCAGGAAGCCUGUUCCUGCAGAGAGGCAGCUGUCACGGCCCAGCAGCUCGCCGCCUAUACAUCAUCACCUAUUGUUAGCAUGUUGUCGUCGUACCCCCUACCACCACCCGUCUCUUAUCCGCUCUGUGCUGUGUCCCAUCAUCCAUGCCUCAUACAUCUGUGGUGUGUGUUCCACCCGGCAUCCAUCAUCAGCUUUUGAUGUCAUCACGCUGUGUAUCAGAUCUCGUGUCUCUCUGUGCCAAGCCCUGGCCACUGGAGCAGCACCAGAGCCGCUCCUCGCACCAUCACACCAUGACAGAGCUCAGUUUAGCUAUGCGCUACGUCUGGAAUCAACCUGUUGGCUCAUGUUGCUUCGCCUGCAAAAUGUGCCAUAUAGUGUCAAAACAGAAAAGUGUUCUCACAACUGGAGUGUUUUUUUGUUUCUUUUUUUUGGUACAACUUUCUCCAUUAAUUACUUCAGUUAUGUAUUAUUGUCUAAUUUCGUCUUCGGGAUCAUUAAGCCUUUGUAUUUCAUAGUGAUAGCUAAUACAGCUGCCAAAACCUUUACAAAUUAGCAUUUAAGACUUAGCAAUGUUUUUGUUGAGAAACUAGAAAAAAAGUCUCUUUUAAGGGUUAGACAAUCUGUAGCCAAAGGACACAUAUCCUUUUUAGGCUUUUCUAUUAUUAUUUUUCUUUAUAAGAAUCAGUAGGUUUAAACUGUGAAUUCAGAAAAACUAGUUAUUCUUGUCUUCAUCAACAAGUGUUGUAGUUUACUAGAUUUAUUUAGGUGCCUCUUUGAGUUCCUUAAAGGUGCUUUGUCCAAUCGGACCACCCUGCAGUGGACCUUUAAUUACAGUAUGAGGUUGAGUUUUCAAGGUAUUCUAAGUACAUGUGGUCUUUGUAGUGUCAGUAGGGGAGCAGAUAAAAGCUAAUUGCUCCUGCUAAAUAAUAGUACUUAUGUAAAGGAAUCAGUUAACUUCCUGAAAAUCAGAGACAGACCAGGCAAAAGACAGAACACAGCACACAACAGCAUGAUGUACUGUGUGUGUUCAAAUGGCAGCAUCAGCAUCCCAGCGAAUAUAAUUAAUGUUUAACCCGACAACUGUAGGAUAAAGAUUAUUAUUGUUAUUUGCAAUUUUUCAUGUAUGUUUCUGAGGGUGUGCAUUCUAAUCACUCUGCUGACUGUGCCCAAGUGCGGCUUUUCAGUGGCUGGUGCUUGAACCCCCCCAACCCCCCGACAUUCCAUUGGCUGUUCUGCAGCUCAUGCACGAAGCUAGCUAGCCUAGCUUCAGCUGCUGAAGCACACAGAUAAUGUGUGUGGCUUCAUUUAUCCUGUCACUGUGUGACAUCCAUCGUCUUAUGUCUUAACUGGCUGUAAACAUUCGUCAGUCACAUUGAACUCAUGUCAUUGAUCUGACUGAAUCAUGCAUGAAGUUUGAGUGAAACGGUACAGACAUUGUGUCGAGUGUAAACUUGUUACUUUUUAAAGUAACUGUAUGAAGAUCAUGGAGAUUCUUUGGGGUGUAGUGUACCUGGUGUUAAGGGCUUUAUUUAAUGAUGCAGGUGUGAGAGCGUUUAACUUACCUGCAUCUUUUUACAUUUUAUUAUUUAAUCUUAUGUUUGUAUAUGUUGGCACACACAAUUACUAAAGUGUACCUGAAUGUGUUUUCAUUCAACACUGAGUAAAGUUCAUAAUUUUCUAUCUUUCAAAUAUGACUUCGACAUUUAUUUAUUUUGAUCGAUUGACCUUUUUUUGAAACAGUAUUUCUCUUUUGAGUUCCUGUAUUCUUUGUAUAAUUUAAAUGAAAAAUGUACUGUCAGGUGUUUGAUAAGAGUGAGUAACACUUAAAGACACUAUACCCCAAAGAAUAUGUUUCUUCACUGGUUAUUGGGCACUGUUUGUAAAAUGAAGGUCCAUGAUUUUUCUCAUUUUUGCUUUGUUGUAUGUUUGUUUAGUAAUCUGGAUAUAAAAUGCAAAAUGUGACAUCCUUGCUGUUUGCCUGUCUGUGCAUUCUCCCCAUUAUGAAAGGAAAAUAAACUCUGA